AUGAGGUCCUCGUCGUUAGCACUCAGUCUCGCUCUGGUCUCCGGGGUCACACCCAGACCUCACAUCGAACGAAGCAAAGACUCAGAUGAACCUCAGCUCAAGAUCCCCGGUCUUCCUUUUCCCAAUGCCACAAAGUCUUACUGGCAAGAUCCUCCUCACCGCAUCGCCAACCACCGUACAACAAAGGAUCUACCAACAUCCGAGGUCUUUGACUAUGUCAUCAUUGGCUCAGGCAUAUCGGGUGCUUCUACAGCCCACAAGCUGCUAGACCGCGACCCUGAUCUGUCUAUUCUCAUGAUUGAAGCCCGUACCGCAGCAUCAGGUGCAUCAGGUCGUAAUGGCGGUCAUUGCAAGGCCGGCAACUACAAUGGUGUCAAGAGCUGGGUGGAGGAAUACGGCGAGGAUGAUGCCCUGCGACUUAGCAACAUGGAGCAAGACUGCGUUGACGACGUUCGCGAGUUUGUGAAAACCCACAAUGUUUCAAGCGAUUUCACAGACGUUGAGACCGCUAGUCUUUACUGGACCAAGGACUCUUUCGAGACCGCUGUCAAGAACAUCGAGUUUCAGCACAAGUUGGAAGAGAAGAGACCAAAUGAUGUUCCCAAGAACAAGAGAACCAUCAUGAAGGGCCAAGACGCUCGCGAUUACUGGAAAUGGCCUGAAAUCGUUGGCGCCGUGACUUUCAAGGCCCACACUCAAAACCCAUACCUUACCGUCUGUGCCAUGCUAGAGUACAGUCUCAACAAGGGCCUCAACCUCCAAACCAACACCAUGGCUCUCAACCUUAACCAACUCGGCAAGAAGACCAAGGACGGAGCUAAAUGGGAAGUCAAGACCAACCGAGGUACCGUCAAGAGCAAGAAUGUUGUGCUUGCAACGAACGGCUUCACAAAUGCUCUGCACCCAGGCAUCGCGAGCACAAACUUCACCAUGCCUGUCCGAAACCAAGUCGCUGCUGUGACGCCUGAAGCCGAUACGUCAGGCAGCAAGGUCUUUGAGCGAAGUAACAGCUUGGGUGAUCUCCACAGCGGAAACGUUUACAUCGCCGCUCGUCCUCCUGGUUCCAAGGAUGCUGGAAGUGUUGUAAUUGGCGGUUCGACACAAAUGUCUCCUACGCGAGAGCGAUGGAUUUCUGAUGAUACCUCCAUCAAUGACCAGAUCGCGCUUGUUCUGCAUGGUGCAGCACGAACAGUGUAUGGCUACAAGAACUGGGGCGAGUCCACGACUGUCAUCCAGGACUGGACGGGUAUUGUUUGCGAGACGCCUGAUGAGUUCCCCUUGGUAGGUGAAGUGCCUGCUGAGGAUGGACUCUGGGCUAUUGUUUGUAUGAAUGGUCACGGUAUGGCUUGGGCGUAUCGAAGUGCUGAGGCGCUUGUUGAUAUGAUGACUACUGGAAAGACUCCCAAGUGGUUCCCUGAGCAGUUUAGGGCUCAGCGAGCUUGGGAGGUGAAGGGAUAUGACGAGUUAUAG